AAUGAGAACCGUGAGGGAAAAAGAAACAGCUGCAUCACCACUUCUCUCUCAGCUCAGGAACGUCUUGGAGAACAGUUACAGCAGACGAGCAAUGCAAAGGUAAUGUGCUGCUGGAAUUGAUCGCAACACCGGUGGCCUAAUGCCCCUGUAGCUCGGGGAUUAAACGUUGCUUAGCCUGACCAGGGGAGGGCUGGGGAAGCACAGAUGCUUUGCUUGAACAUGCCACGCAAGCAGCAGAGACGGAUAGGCAGGAGGAGCUGAGUCUCUCCUCUGAAUUGCUGCUGUGCUGGGGCCGGAGAAGAGGGGAUUGGUCUUUGACUGCUGGUUGCCGCCACGUACCUGAAGGUAAGCAGCUAAAACGGGCACACUGGAAGAUGAACAAGAUCUGGAAGUUUUUUCGAGGGAGUGGGAGAGCCCUGGCUUUCAUCUUCAUUGCUUCUGUCAUCUGGUUGCUCUUUGACAUGGCAGCUCUCCGCCUCUCAUUCAAUGAAGUUAAUACCAGAGUCCUCAAAGAAGACUUCAUUCAGAGAGAGAGAUUCAAAGUUCUGCGAGACCAAGGGAUUGUCCCUCCCAAGAGCACUGGGCAGCAGACCCAAAUUCCCACCAGGAUCUACAGAAAGGAAAAAUAUAAGAGGACAGAAGAGAAAUGGGGGAAAGCUGAUAAUUCAGACCAACCCAAGGUUGGAAAAGAACUGUUCAAAGGUGCAGAAAGAGGCAGCCCAACAUCUUGGGUAGGUUUAAAUAAAGUGGUUGUGCCUUUGAAGAGAGACCCAGGACAUCCGCUGAGCCCAAAGCCCUCUCUUCCCAUGCAAGAGAGACAGGGGGGAAAUCGAGUCAAAAUUGGUAAUUUAAGUAGGGUGGCAAGCAAAAAUUAUACAGUUUUCCACAUACCCCAGCAGACCCCAUCAGCCACCGCCUUAGCACCAGGAAAUGCAGCUGUCAAACUCUCAAACAAGUUCCCUCCUGGAAAAAACCUAUCUCCGCUGGGAGGGAAACUUACAACUGCAUCAAAGCACCACACUGUGGGAGAUCUGAAAAUGGGGGCCACGCUGAAAUAUCCCCCACCUGAAUUAAACCGAGAACUGCAAAUGGAGGGAGUUGUAAAGCAAUCCCCACCUGCUCUAUCCGUGCCCAGAGCUGAGAAGACGAUGUUCCCAAAGGAAAGCCAGGCUCAGCUGAAGGGAAGAAAUCAACAUGAACACAUAGCCAGGAAAAACUGGACUUUCCCUGUCAUGGAGCUCACUGCAAACCCAGAUCACCUUCAAACCUUCUCUGCCAAGGAAACAGGGCUAGGGCUCCAUCUUAAAGAAGACAGGACCAGAGAGGGUCAUGAGAAGGUACACAAUGACUCUGAGAGUCCCAUUGUGAUUGUUACAAAGGAGCAGUUGGAAACAAACAUCGCAGGCCUCCCUAACUCCAAAGCCUAUUUUAAAGUCACCCUCACAGAGAUUUCAGAAAAGAUCCGAGAGAACGCCGCUCCCAGGAACAAAAGUGAAGAGGCUUUGCCUUUAAACAUCUCACCCGAGGCUGCCAGGUUUCAGACCCGCCAAACAUUUGUUCAAGGAGCAGCGCUCACCAGGGCACAUUUAGAGACCGAGAAUCUGUCUAGGGAACAGAACCAAAGCCACAAGAACAUCUAUUCACCUCAGGAUCCCAGAAUGCACAAAGUCCUCACUCUCGAUGUGACCCUGUCUCCGAGAGACCCCAAAGCUCCAGGCCAGUUUGGGCACGCAGCAGUCGUUCCUGCAGAGAAGCAGGAGAGGGCAAAGAAGAGGUGGAAAGAGGGAAACUUCAAUGUCUAUCUGAGCGAUCUGAUCCCAGUAGACAGAGCCAUUGAGGACACAAGACCUGAUGGGUGUGCAGAGCAGUUGGUUCAUAAUGACCUCCCGACCACCACAAUCAUCAUGUGCUUCGUGGACGAGGUUUGGUCCACUCUUCUUCGCUCCAUUCACAGUGUUCUCAACCGUUCUCCUCCCCAUCUGAUUCAAGAGAUUAUCCUAGUGGAUGACUUCAGCACUAAAGAGCACCUUAAAGACAAUUUAGACAAGUAUAUGGCACAAUUUCCAAAAGUUCGUGUACUUCACCUCAAAGAACGACAUGGAUUAAUAAGAGCCAGACUUGCUGGUGCAGAGAUUGCUACAGGUGAUGUGUUGACAUUUUUAGAUUCCCACGUGGAAUGUAACGUUGGGUGGCUGGAGCCUCUGCUAGAAAGAGUCCGUUUACACAGAAAGAAAGUAGCAUGCCCAGUGAUUGAAGUCAUUAGUGACAAGGACCUGAGUUACCAGACAGUGGACAACUUUCAAAGAGGUAUCUUCACGUGGCCCAUGAAUUUUGGCUGGAAAUCAAUUCCUCCAGAAGUAAUUGAGAAAAAUAAAAUGAAGGAAACUGACAUCAUAAGGUGUCCAGUCAUGGCAGGUGGACUGUUUUCUAUUGACAAAAAAUACUUUUAUGAACUUGGAACAUAUGAUCCUGGACUCGAUGUUUGGGGUGGUGAAAAUAUGGAGAUUUCAUUUAAGGUGUGGAUGUGCGGGGGAGAAAUCGAAAUUGUUCCCUGCUCCCGAGUGGGGCACAUAUUUAGGAAUGAUAAUCCAUACUCCUUCCCCAAAGACCGGGUAAAAACAGUGGAGCGGAACCUGGUUCGGGUGGCAGAGGUCUGGUUGGAUGAAUACAAAGACCUUUUCUAUGGUCAUGGCUUGCACCUCCUGGAGAGACGUUCUGAUAUAGGAAACCUAACCCAACAAAAAGAACUCCGGAAGAAAUUACAGUGUAAAAGCUUCAAAUGGUAUCUGGAAAAUGUCUUCUCUGACUUGGAGGCUCCUGUCGUAAGAGCCAGUGGGGUGCUCAUUAAUGCAGCCUUGGGAAAAUGCAUUUCCCUAGGGAAUGACACUGUGGUUAUGGAGGACUGCGAUCUAAACAGUAAGAUGCAACAGUUCAAUUAUACCUGGUUAAGAUUUAUAAAACAUGAAGACCUGUGCCUAGCUCCUCUGUCUGCCAGCGAAAUCAUGGGUCUGUCCCCUUGUGAUAACAGAAACAAAGGGUUGAAAUGGUUGCAUAAAUCACUGGUUGCUCUUCGUCCAGAACUCAUGGAUCACAUUGUUGUGGCAAACAUUAAGAAGCCCACGUGCUGGGAAGCAAACCACAAUCAUAAUACCCUAAGAAUGACUGCUUGUGACUCCAUGAAUCCAUAUCAGAAGUGGAAAUUUGAAAAAUACUAUGUGGACUGAAGAGGAGCUAGGAGGAGCUAGUCAAAAUCAAAAUCCAGCCUUCUUUCUAAUCCUCUAAACUCACUAAAAGCACUUGAGACAACAAAAACAAAAUGUGUUUACAUAUGCAAAUGGGGGUAGAAUCCCUUGGCAUUUUAAAGGGAGGAGAGAGCAAAAUUCCCAAUUCCAGAUGGUUUCUUGCAGGCAAGGCAGCCCAGACAGUUUUCAACUUUGUUCUGAGAUCUUUCUUAACUAUUUGACAACAUUUAGCAUAGUCUCCCUCACCCACAGAUCUUCUUCGGCAGUCUCCAAAGAUGCUCCAUGAACUGGUCAGAUAACCAGUCCUUGAGUCUUUAACAGUUCACUGACACACCAGAUACCAUUCACAUAAGCACUGCUCUCUUAGCAAUUGAGUGGCAUGGCAGAUAUCUGUAAUCUUGGGUACCCUAAGGCAACCAUUUGGAAGUAUUAAAAUAAUGGUCUUAAUUUCCAAUGUGCUUUUUCCAAAAUUUCAUCUGCCUUCAAGCCUGUGGCUGGUGUUAGCAAAGAAGUAAAUAAUUCUCUUUUAAGGUUCAGUCAUAAAUAUUCACAUCAUUGAUGUUUUUCUGUUUCUAAAAUGUUUGUCUACCAACCUGGAAUGGGAUGGCGAGGAUUCUGGAUUGGACAAGAAGAUAUCUCAAAGCUGUUAGUGUUUUGUGACUCCCUAGAAUAAAAAGCCUGUGUGGUAGAGAAGCCACUUCUAACUAGACCAGUUGUUUAGUAAAUGCUUUAUCCUCAAUUCAAGGGAGUUGGAUGUAGAUAUACAAGCCAUAUCUGUAGUUCACAUGGCCAGUGAAAAUUUAGAACCUAAAGAGGAAACUCAGUACGCCUAGAUAAGAAAUGCCUUCAAAAGAGGCAUAAGAUGACCUAGAUGAUCUUCAUCCAGUCCUUGAACCUUAUUUCUGUGUUAUACAUAGCACAGUUCUUCAACAUGGCUAAAGGCAGUUACAAUGAGAAAAACAACUGGAGUGGUGAGGUCUGGAGAAUAAUGAUAUAAAUAAAUUUUUAGUAGAAGACAUCUUUGAAAAUCAAACACACAAAAUGAAUCCAUGAGCUUGUCAAAAGAUACACCCAGUAUGGCAGCCACAAAUGGAGCAUUGAAAUGGGCUGCAACAGAUUAUGGUAACAAUGGAGGAAAGGCUGAUGGUUUAGAAGAGUGAGCUGCACAGUUUCCAAGCAGAUUUUAAGGGAAAAGCCAUAUAGUUAUUAGCUAGAGGAGGAGGAGUCUGAACUUGGUCAGUAAAGUUUGAUGGAAGCAUUCCAAAAAUAUAAAUGUUCAUUUGAACUCAACUGAGCCUUUGAAUUUGUCAGGUAUUAUGUGUUGCAUCUCUUUGAAAUAGUUUAUCCUGGCAAACUCCUUAAAACAUUUACCAGCCCAUGAGAAUACUGUACCAGCCUGCCUUAUUCCCAGAAGGGACUCAGGCAGUAGAGUAAAUGAAAUCAAAUCACAUUCUGCAAUAUAUUCAACAGACACAUUGCAGCACAUUCUAGGAACAGGAAUGGCUAGGUGCAAGCCUGGAAAAUUUUCAAUUAGUUUUAAUUUGGCUUUUUAAUUGCUUUGAACCAUGCUGUUGAAAUGGCCGGCUCACUGGAAAGAGCACGGGCUUUGGAGUCAGAGGUCAUGG